AUUUCCCCCCCAACUGGCCUGAAUAAGCGGAGUCUUCGGAGACAGUAGACUGGCCUUUCAGAGUGUGUGAUUUGGGCUAAAGGACGAGCUGAUUUAAAAAAAAAAAACAAAAAAAAAAAAACUGGCAAAAUGGUUGUGGCGGGCUGCACGAAAUGCAUUAAAUAUAUGUUAUUCUUCUUUAAUUUUAUUUUCUGGUUGGCCGGAGGAGUGAUCUUAGGAGUGGCCCUGUGGCUCCGCCAUGACACACAAACCAGCAACCUCCUUGUUCUUCAGUUUGAAGGCCAGCAGGCACCAGGCACUUUCUAUAUCAGUGUGUACAUACUGAUAGCUGUUGGAGCUGUGAUGAUGCUUGUUGGCUUCCUCGGAUGUUACGGUGCCAUUCAGGAAUCUCAGUGUCUCCUGGGGACGUUCUUCUUCUUUUUGGUGAUCCUCUUUGCCAGUGAAGUGGCUGCAGCAAUCUGGGGUUUCAUGAACAGGGACACUAUCUCCAAGGAGCUGAUCAACUUCUAUGACUCUGCGUACAUCAAGGCUGUGGACGUCUCCGGGUCUCCCAGUAAAGAUGCUGCCAUCAAGGUCCUGGAUGUUUUCCACAACACGCUCGACUGCUGCGGUAAAGGAGAUGACACCGCGCUCUUCAAACAAGUUGCCGGCACUUUGUGUCCAAGAAAGUCUCCCACGGAUUUUGUGAGAUCUCAGAGCUGUCAUGAUAAACUGAUCGAGCUGUUCUCCGAGAAGCUCCACCUGAUCGGUUUGGCCGCCUUGGUGAUUGGUAUCAUCAUGGUUUUUGAGAUGAUCUUCACCAUGGUGCUCUGCUGUGGGAUCCGUAACAGCCCUGGGGUAUACUAGGAGUCCAGCCAACAAGCAGCAACAGUUCACAUCAGCGUAUAAUUAUUUUAUUAUGUGUUUCUAUGCAUCAGCUCCUUUUCCUUUUAAUGAUAGCACAAAACAAUGGAUAUCUCUCCUUUUAUUUUAGAUUAGAAACUAUAAAUUGUUUUUGAUAUUGCUAACCUGUCAUCAUUCAUCUUUCUAACACAGUAAUUUAGCUUGUGUCUAAUGUUCAUUAUUUAUCAUACAACACAUCAUAUGAAUCUUUUAUAUUUACAGUAUGUAUGUGAAAUAUUUCUCUGACAUCAUUGAACUCAGUGGUGUUCUUAUGGAUGUAUAAAUUGUACAUAUAUACUUAUCAUAUGUUAAUAACACUUAAGAGAGUCCAUGUAUUACCUGACUGAUUGUGAUGCAUCUCACUGCAGUGUUACAGUGUUACAGUGUGACAGUAUAAUUUAAGCAGCAGGGCUUCAGUGGUCUAAGGUGAUGAGUUAGCCUGUGUAUUCUUUAAUUAACUUUGUGUCUCUUCUUUGUGCCUGAUGAACCAUUUUAUGCUGUUUUAUCUCUAUUAACAUGUGAGGCACCACUCCUUAAAUAAUGACAACAGUUAGGUUUUAUCACUUAACCUGUUUUAAUAACGCUAAUAAAUUAUGUCACCUCUGUUGUA